AUGUCUGCCCCACGCUGGUAUUUGAGGUCUUCGGACGAGGUGCCUGAGAGCGGCGCCUUUCCAUUUGCCAAGGAUUGGCGAAACCCAAACACAUCUUGGACAGGUGGUGACAAAGCGGCUUUUCUGAUUUGCUAUGCCCUGUUUUGGGUGUUAGUGUGCAUCAUCGUGCACUUCUGGUCCAAGAUCGUGAUUGCUUGUCGGCGUCUGAAGAGCAACAUUGGCUUUGGUGCAAGAGCACUCCGCAUGCGUGACCAGCAGAGGGCGCCGCUGGUGGAGGAUGUUUCCGAACUUUGCAGUCAGUCUGAUCACCUUGCGAUUGGGCCAACGCCGCCUUAUCCUGCAGACAGUGCGGCCAUGUUUGACUUCGAUGAGCUUUCUGGAGAAGAGGAGGCCGAGGAGGCCAAGGCCGCAAAGCAAGACGUGACCACAUCCUCGCCCACAGUCACAUUGGCCUCCCCCAGUCUGCAGGGGACAAAGCUCCAAAGCGAAGCUGGACAGGAAUUGACAGAGGUCCUGGUACGCCACGCUAUACACGGCUGGGAGCUCUCCGUCUCUCUUCCUCGAGACGCAUCGUUCGCGCACUUGAAGCGCGCUCUAGCGAAGCGCUUUCUGAAGGAAGCGGAAGCAUCUUUCUCAGGCCAGCUGGUUAAGAAGGAAGGUGGCAGCUACUGCUCCUACAAAGACAGCAUGGCACUGGGAGACCUCCGGGAAGUGCUGCUCGCUGGAUUCGAGCCAAAGGAAGCACCGAAUCCGGGAGAGAAGUUCCUCUUCGAGGAGAUUGAUACCGUUCGAGAUGCCAAACCGGAUCGCUCGCUGGAGUCUUUCAUUGCAUUGCAGAAGGCCUUGCGAUCAGGGUUCGCCGAAGCCAAGUUCCAGGAGCAACUCUCCAAGUUGAAGGAGCAAUGCGAGAAGGGCGAGCUCAAGAAGACAAAGUUCUUGGAGCAGAGGCAACAGCUCUUCCUCACCGUUCAGAGCGAAGUGUUGCCCAAGUUUGGAUACGAAGGGACGUCGCUUGGGGUGUACAAAAUGAUGGGCGACAUGAAGCCCUACGUCCAGGAGCCCGACUUUGUCGUCCUGGCUGAUGAGAUUAAUGCACUGCUUGGCAUUGACUACUCGCCGCCGGACACGUGGACUGCGCUGUCAGACAGCUGCCAGAAACUUAACGACGAGAAGGACGUUCGUCGAUUUGCUCCAGAAGCAAGACCUCGACCGAAGCAAGACCAGCGCAGACACGAGUUCAGGCCACCACUGGGCCUUCUUGGUCCCGUGGGUGUUCCCAGCCUGAUGAGUGGAAAGCCUUUGCGGAGAGUCAUCGAGCUUUUCGAGGAGCAGGCAAAGGCACGCCCUGCUUCUACAGCUUUGAUCGUCCCUUCAUCAGGCCGAGCCUCCAAGGAGAUCACAUACAAGGAAUUGGCUGCGUGUGUGGACGAGGUGGCAGAUACACUCCUGUCGCUGGGAAUCUCGUGCGGGUCAGUGGUUGCGCUGGUCAUGGACCGGAGCGUGGCACAGGUUGUGGCAGUGUAUGGCACUUUGAAGGCUGGUGCAGCAUUUCUGCCUGUGGACAACGAUGCCCCGCUGGCGCGCAAGCAGUUUCUGCUGCAUGAAAGUGAAGCAGCAGCAAUGAUUGCGGUCUCAGGCGACGAAGUGGCUCGUGAGCUCGCCACAGAGAUUGGCUGCAACUUCAUUGCGUUGCCUGCGGAUGGUUCACGUUCUGCGUUGCAGCUGUUGCGCAGACAGCGGUCGCGCGCCCACUCCUUCGCUUCCGACGGAGAGCCUGGAGCUGGCCCAAGCGGUGGCUACGCGGGUGGGUAUCGUCGUCCCGAGGCGUCCGACAUGGCCCUUCUGAUUUACACGUCCGGUACAACAGGUGCUCCCAAGGGUAUCGUUUAUGAUCACCAGCACCUUAUGCAUGGAGUGUACUUCUUUGGGAGCCAAUGCCAAGUGGAUUCGACGUCAGUUGCGAUGCUAAAGUCUCCGUAUUUCUGGGCAAUCAUUGAGUGGGAGAUGUUUCCGGUGCUCGCGCAAGGUGGAAAGCUGGUGGUAGCUUCAGCAAACGGACACAAGAGUCCUGAGUAUCUGGCGAACACCAUCGCAGCCGAGGAGGUCAGCGUCUUCAUGGUUACCCCACAGGUUCUCGACCUGGUCCUGGAUGUACAUGACUCUCAAGGAAAUGCAAGGCCGCUCCGUUCGGAGGAUGUCCAGGCCAGCGAGUGUGAGCUGAUCACGAGCAAGCCGAUUCUCGCGGGCUUUGAGCUCCUCCUGAAGAGACCUUUAUGCAGCGCCUGCCUGCUUACUCACGCAUUCUUCAUCUCUAUUUGGACAUCAUCAUCCUAUGCCGCUCUGAAGGUGCAGCCUCUCCAUCUGGAGCCGUACAACACCAGGCUGAAGAGCGCUGUGCAGUCCUUGCGGGACGAUUUCGGACAGAAUGCUGAAGGUAUGCUGUCCGAUGCUAUCUUGAUAUGGAGUCUUGAUUCACACCUGCAGACACAUCACAACUAUUCGGACUUGACCCAAGCUGUCGAGAAGGAGCUGAAGCAGUUGCAGAACACAGACGUAUGCCAAAAAUUAGAAUGGAAGCCUGCGAAGCUUGCAAAGAGCGAAGAUGCUGCUGUUAUGAGGCUAGACCUGCAUUCGAAAGCUUCCAUCGGACACCGGAACCCCUGCUUGUACAGAAUCCGUGAGUACGUCCAGACAGUGGACCGCAGAUUUGGAAAACUCAAUGUAGCGAUGGCCGGCCCGCAUUCAGUGGUCGAUGCCUCCUAUGCGCAAUGCGACAGUGAGACGCUUUUUCAUCUUACCCUGAGCACACCGCUUCUGGUACUGCUAUUGAUUCUCGGCGUUGGUACGCUGCCACGUGCCAUUACACCGUGCUUCUGCCUUCUUGGCAGUGUUCCGGCCUCACGCAGCCUCGUCGUUCUGGUCAAGGCGCUUUGGCCAGAUUUGAAUAUGGUCGGACCUGACACACAGAUUCUCUUCGUGCAGUUGGCCCUUGCCUUUGACUACGCACUGUUCUUCUGGGUGCGCUUCUCACAGGAGCGUCGAUCACGUACAACUGCAGAGGUGGAUGUCGUGCUCAUGAAAACAUUGCAGACUUCAGGCUUUGUCAUUCUUCUCAGCACCUCUAUCCUUGUGGUUACAUUCCUGGGUGCAAGCUGCUACCCUGACUUGAACAAGCUAGGCUACCUUUAUGCAACCUUGAACUUGGCAUUCGGAAGCCUGUUUAUUGGGUUAUACAGCAUCACUAUACCACCGGUUUUGGCAUCCAUAUUUCCAUCGCUGUUCGACGAGCCGCAUGAGAGCAAUAUCUUGUCGGGCUGGAUGCAACGAGGAUCUAAAAUGGUUCAGCGCGGUUUCUUUAGGCCCGUGGCGGACGUGAUCACCUGUAAACCCUGGAACUACGUGGCGCCGUUUCUUGUUUUAGCAUGCUGCAGCCCCCUAAUGAUGCACAUGUGGCAUCUUCGUGCAAACUUUGAUGUGACCCUCACCGACUUUUCUACAUCUGUUCCUGAAUAUCAUGCUUAUGACUUGGUUCGGAAAAAGUUCGACGACCGAGAGGGGAGGCAGAUGACGCUGUUGAUGACUUCUUCCAAACUGCUCGGGAAUUCUUCCGACCUCGUGGACACGGGUGAUUGGACGCGAAGCAGACCAUUUCAGGAAGCAGCUUGUCAUGUUGCGAGAACCGUGCUAAAAGACGACAAGUGCCAAUCUGCGGAUGUGACUAGUCACGAGAUGGUUGGAUACUGGUGGGACUCUCUGUCCGGCUCCUGCGUACACAACCCGAACUGGCACGAGAAGUUCAUUUCCGAUGACGGUGUUUCCCAGAGAAUGUUUAUGUUCCCGGACAUCGACAACCUGGAAGGAGCUGAAGCUCAAGGAUUGAUUCGCCACUUUUGGGAAGUCAUCGAACCCAAGGUGUCGAUUCAGAAUGGGGAAGGUGAAACCCUCUUCUCUUUGCAUCUGUACACUCCGGUGGCCGAAAACAUGCUGCUGGAAGCUCAGUACAGGCGCUCGGCCCCUUGGAUCCUGGGCAUCACCCUGGCCAUUGUGUGCUGCAUGGUCACAGCUUUGUUCCAGUCUGCUUUCGUUGGAAUCAAGAUGGUCUUCACGAUUGCGCUGCCGAUUGUGGCUGAGUACGGCUUUGCUGUCGGAGUUUUUCAAGAUGGAUGGCUUGCCUGGGCUGGUGUUGAUGCCACAGGUGGCUUAAAGUGGACAAUGGUGCACAGCACUUGCGGCUUCCUCUUUGCUUUAGCGAUGGAUUAUGACCUCUUCCUCUUCGCCCGUGUCUACGAACGCAGACAACAGGGCUAUGACAACGCCUCAGCUGUGCGCCUGAGCCUUGAAGAAACAGGCCCUCUGAUUACUCUGGCAGGGACGAUCAUGGUGAUAUCUUUUGCAUUUGUUCUCCUGUCCUCCGUGCCGGUGAUUGCGCAGAUGGGUUGUUUGUACUGCUUCGGGGUGGCUUUUGACGUGUACGUCGUCCGUAUCUUCUUGGCACCGGCCGCACUUUGCAUCUUUGAGAACAUGAACUACUGGCCGGGGAAGGUGCCUAAGCCUUUUAUCUGUUACCCUGACAAGCGGGACUUGGUGAAGCACAUUGUGACAGUUGGCGAGCCGUUGGGAUGUGCAGUCGCCAAUCGUCUUGUCCGCACCAGAGGUGUGGAGGCGCAGCUCCACAAUUUCUACGGCGCAUCCGAGAGUUCUUGCACUGUAUACACCGUGCCCAAAGAAGGCAUCGACCUGGACCUCUUUCCAUCCAAGGCCCCAUGCGGUCGGCCACAGCCACAUGCAAAAGUCUUCGUGAUGCGAGAAGAAGCUCAGGAAUCUGGACCUCCUGUUCUGGUGCCCGUUCCAGGUGGUGAGGCAGGCGAGAUUUGCUUCGGCGGCGUUCUGGCAGCGUGCUACUGGAAGCAUGAUGAGCUGACAGCCCAGAAGUGGAUUGACACGAAGGACCUCGGCAGACUGUACCGAACUGGAGACAUGGGCCGCUGGAGAGCCGGGCAGCUGGAGGUGAUUGGCCGCGUUGACCGCCAGGUGAAAAUCCGGGGCGUUCGUGUCGAGCCCGAAGAGGUCGAAGCAGUCCUCAGAAGGUACCACUAUGCGACCAGCGAGGACAGUGGGCCAUCUGGCCUUGAGCUAGGCAGUGGUCCACGACCAGGGCUCAAAGAGGUCGCAGUGGUGGCUUCCAAGGAACCUGCUGAACUGGUGGCUUUCGUCAGCCUCCGCGAAGGCUUGGAUGGAGCUGUGACUCCAGACACCCUUCGGGCUCAUUGUCAGUCAAGUGCUGAAGAGGAGGUUGUGUUGUGUCUGCCUGUGAGGAUGCCCUGCAAUCCGCCACCUGCCCCACGUCGGUGCCAGAGCCAGCCUGUCGGCCUGCCACGAGGAGUUCCUGAGCGUGGGGUCCAGGGGACUUCAGACCGAGAGCUAUACGGCGGUGAUUCAAAGAAGCCGCUGGCGAGCAAAGUCGGCGGCUGUCCUUUGCAGGAAGAGUUUAGGCACGAAGGCGAAGGCGAAGCCAGAGCCUCCAGAGCCUCCAGAGCCUCCAGGGCCGCCAGAGCCGCCAGAGCCCAGAGAGAUCAGAGAGAAGCACAUCCACGUCCAGGAACCUCCAGCAAAGCCACUGCCGUGGAGCCCAAGGAGGCAGAGACAGCUGCUCGCCCAUCUCGAAGGCCUUCCUCGCCUCUGCAAAGGCCACCGCUCACGCAGCGAUCGCAGGACCAGUGCCAUUGGAUCGAGCUGACAUCUCUGCCAGCUGCGUGGAAUUCCUCUGCCAUUGACAAAAUGUGCAGAAGAUAUGGUGAUAUCUUGGGGCCGUAUCGAGACGACAAGACGGAUGGCCAGUUUCGAGUGGGCUAUCCUUUGAGGGAAAUAGCAACCACGGCCGUGAAAAGCCUGAAUGCUAAAUUUGCUGCAAAGGGGGUGGCAGCCACAGCCAAGUUUCUUCCAAGCUCAACGACCGAAAGGCAGAAGGCCUUUGUGGAUGAGCUGCUCGCUAGCAACACUCUCAAAGGUUGGGAAGUGGAAUCGGAAGCAGCUCAACGGCGAGAGCUCUUCCUCUGGAACUUGCCAGAUCGUAAACCCGCCCAACUGUUCUUGUGGUUGCAAGGUGGAAGCAAGCAGGAUUUGGAUUGCAGGGUCCCUUUUGAGCCGUUCGAGAGCCACGAAUGGCUGGGCAAAUGCGGCUAUGUUCGGUUCCAGAAGCAUGAGUCUGCGGCCAGGAUGCUGCUGGAGAUACCGCAGAGGCCCGAGAAGUGCCGAGCGGCCUGGUCGUUCUCAGAGCGACUGAUCGCCUGGAGAGAAACAGCGCAGAGCAUCGUCCAGGAAGCAGAGUUGGAGUUGCAAUGCCAGUCGCUGCAGCUGCUCGGAGACGGGCUAAAGAAGCGUCUAUGCUUCGAAUGGGAAGGUGCAGCAGCUGAUCUUGCAGCAACUCGCUCGGGGCUGAAGGAUCGGCUUCGAAGCGCCCUGGAAAGCGCCAUGGCGAUGCCUUGCGUCCUGGUCCGCGGCCUCGCCAAGAGCUGGACGGAGAACAGCCUGAAAGUCUUGUUUGCUUUCUAUGGCGGCACGUCAACAGUCAAUAUCGUGCGAAGCGAAAGAGAAGUCAGCUGCUAUGUGCAGUUGAAGGAGGCAGCAAACUCCGAAAAGUUUGUUGAGCAGUGGAAUGGAAAGCACGUGGGUGAUGAUGAGUCCGGUUUGGAGCGCUGUCAGAUCUCGUGCCAGAUAGUUCCUUCGGCGCAGAUGCCUUCACCCCAGGCAUCCUCGCAAACAAGCGAACCUGGAACGCGGACCAAGGCGAAAGAGGGAGGUGUGCUCGAGUGCGAGUGCGAACUUAGCCCAGCAAAGACGACGAGCACCAAGACACCGCGGCAGGAAUCUUCGAAGCAGAAGCGGGAGGUCUUCACCGGCAAGCCGAGACUGAGACCCUCUUCGAAGCAGGAGAACCUCCCGGCACGACAUGCUGGAGGUCCUCAGCCCAGUGGCUCCACAAUGCCACAAAGCGGAAGCAGAAGCAGCAAAGCACUGCUUGAUUUCUCGGAUAGCAACCGGACGCCAGAAACGCCACAACAUGCCAAACGAGGCCGUGUCGAGGCACCACGACCGGUAUCUGAAGCUACUCCAGCGGCUGCUCGCCGGACGAUGAUGCAAACUCAAACAGCUGCUCGCCGGAAGAUGCUUGAGGAGCGUCGUCAUUGCACGACGGCUUUUGAAGAUCUCGGCUCGCAGCCGCUGCGGCAGAAGAGUGACCUGGUCGAGCUGGACCAGGCCAUCCAACGGCUCACGCAAGCAAUCAAAGACUACAUGCACACGGAGGGCUUUGAUCGCCCCCUCGUGGACGCGUGCCUGCGAGAUGGGGAGUCCUUCCAAAGCAAGCUGCAGCAGGAGGAGCAGCGCUUGCAAUACCCGCAUCGUUCGCGCAGCAGGAGACGAUGCAGCCAGUCGCAAAGCGCUUCGCGACUGAGAGCCCCGGUGGUGCUGAAGCCAAGGAUUGCCUGA